AUGGAGGACAGAAUAGAAUUCAACAUAAAUGAAUCGCUCAAGUACUACUUGAGUGAUCCCGCUUCGAUCCCGACGCCCGAUGCGGACCCGGAACUGCUGGAUUGCGAAUCGGAUCCUGAUCAACUUUCGCCAGCGCUGAUUGACAGCAUCUUGAACCCGAUCGUGGAUGCCGUGGCGGAGAACCCUGAAGGAUUAACACGAGCCUCAUUGUUUGACUCGCUACAAUUUUUACUAAAAUACGCGACCCUUCUUCCUGCAAAGUACCUCAGCAAACUUUUGGAUUUGGUUGUUUCAGGCCUGUCUGUUGAGGCGGAUAUCAUCCAUGGUGACCUUGAAUCCGACGAGCAGGAUGCCAUUCAACACCAUAAGCAGCUUCUGGAGAUGUACGGGUUCCUUCUCCAGUGGGCCUUGUCUGCCGUAGAGGUCAAGGCCGCAGAGAAGCCCACUGAAGCAGCACCCGUGCGACGAGGAGGACCCAAAUCGAAGAAAUCUGCGAAUAACGGCCAGUGGGAUUGGACGCCCCAGAUCCAAAUAUCCAUGGAGACCAUGUGCAAGGUGAUGAAGCUCAAGCUAGGACGUAUUUUUUUGACUACUUCGGAUCGUGACACUUUUGUUACCCUAUUCACGCGCACAAUCUACCUGGUCCUCGAGAGCGAGCAGCGGGUGAAGAGCAUGGCCAUUCGCAUGCAUGCUUUCAAGGUUCUUUGCAUCGCAGUCAAGCAUCAUGGCCAAGCCUUUGGAGCUCAAACUUCGAUUGUGCAGAGCUUGACUUACUUUGAGCAUCUCUCCGAGCCCAUGGCCGAAUUCCUCCAUAUUCUGGCAGAACAAUACGACUAUCCACAGCUUUCCGACGAGAUCCUGAAGGAGCUUGGAAACAAGGAGUUUAAUUCGAAUGAUACGAGAGGUCCCAAGUCCGUAUCGACAUUUAUUAUCAAGCUGUCCGAGCUUGCUCCCAGAUUGAUCAUAAAGCAAAUGACCCUUCUGGCCAAACAGCUCGAUAGUGACGUACUGAUCGAGGUCUGCGGAAACCUCAUUUCCGAUCUCAGCCGACAGGAGGAACGCAGUGAUAAUUAUAAGACCCAGAUCAACGCCUUUUUCGACGUACUAGAAGAAAGAUUCCUUGAUAUCAACCCUUACUGCCGCUGUCGCGCAAUCCAGGUAUUCAUGCGAAUCUGCGAUUUGGAGCAGAAGUUCCCGAAGAGGCGACAGGCUGCAGCAGAACUUGCUGCCAGAAGCUUGGAGGAUAAGAGCAGCAAUGUACGACGCAAUGCGAUCAAACUACUGUCCAAGCUUGUUUCUACACACCCUUUCAGUGUUAUGCAUGGUGGGCUCCUCUCAUACAAGGAGUGGACAGAUAGACUGGACACGGUUGACGCCGAGUUGAAUGCCCUGCGUCCUCCUGAGACGCCCGGUUUUGAGGGGGUUGAUAUGACCCAGGUUGAUCCCGAAUUGUUGGACGACGCCACACAGAUCCCAGAUGAAUCUCCAUCGAAAGCGCCCCGGAUGAGCGAUGAAGAGAAGGCCGCCGCUGUGCGGAAAGCCGCAGAACAGGCGGCCACCUCUGAAUUAAUGACACGCCUCCAACUAACGAGGAAGUAUUACAACGAGGCCAUCCGGUUCAUUGAAGUGCUUCACUCCGGAUCCACCAUUGUCACACAGUUGCUUUCAUCCCGGAACAAGAGUGAAGUUAUUGAAGCCAUGGAUUUCUUUGUCGUUCUCGAUGCAUACAAAAUUGAGACUGCUCGUAGUGGGAUUCGCCGUAUGCUGCGCCUGAUUUGGACCAAGGGCAACAGCGACGAAGGAAAGGGCGUCCAGACACAUCUGAUUGAUUGUUACAAGGGUCUCUUCUUCGAUGCACCAGGCUCUUUCACCCCCAACGAUGCUGCGAACUACAUCGCCCGCAACAUGAUCAGUUUGACGUUUGGUGCAACUCCCGCAGAACUGACCUGCCUCGAGCAGUUGCUCAGCACGAUGAUGAAGGCUGGAAAUGUAUCCGAUGCAGUCAUUGCCAAGCUAUGGCAAGUUUACAGUAUCCAAAAGAAGGAAAUCUCACGGACUCAACGCAGGGGCUCAAUCAUUGUCCUCGGAAUGCUUGCCCUGGCAGACCCAGAGGUUGUGGUGAAGGAGAUUGAGGCUAUGCUGCGAAUCGGUCUGGGUGGCUUUGGAAGGGCCGACCUUGUGCUCGCUAAGUACACAUGUAUUGCUUUGCGGCGCAUGAUCCCUGGACGUCAAGCCAAAUCAAAGGAGGUUGUUGGCAUUCCCAAACUUGCCAGCGAUCACUCUGUUUUGGUCAAGCUGGUGGCUAUGCUUGAGAUCGAGACAGCUAGUAAGGAAUGGUAUGGAGUGGCAGAGCACGCGCUCAACGCCAUCUACACUUUGUCCAAGCACCCCGACGUUCUUUGCUCUGAUAUCCUCCGGCGAAAGACGAGAUUCGUCUUUGCGCCACACCUUCAACAACGCCCACCUUCCUCCCAUGCCUCUGUCAGCGGAGAUGAGGAGCAACAACGACCUGGCACUGCAUCCACUGACGGUCAGGAACCCAAGCCCAAGCCAGCAUCUGCUGCACUCGCGCAGCUGCUGUACGUUGUUGGCCACGUUGCAAUCAAACAGAUUGUGCAUCUGGAGCUGUGUGAGCUCGACUUCAAACGCCGCAAAGUCGAACAAGAGAAAAACAAAGCCGCCACUGCUCCUCAGAAAGAAGACAACGCCGAAGAAGACGAACUUGAUCUUAUUGGCGGAACGACAGAAGACGACUUCCAGGAUGCCAUGGCCCAUAUCCGAGAACGUGAGCUACUCUAUGGAGAGAACUCCCUCUUGGCUAAAUUUGGCCCGCUAGUAGUGGAGAUUUUAGCCAACAACAACUCCUACCCAGAUCGUGACCUGCAGGCUUCUGCGACCCUAUGCCUUGCCAAACUCAUGUGCGUGUCUGCCGAGUACUGUGAGAAGAACCUGCCACUCCUCAUCACUAUCAUGGAGCGGUCCGAAGAUCCUAUUGUUCGUAGCAAUGCUGUGAUUGCGCUGGGCGACAUGGCCGUUUGUUUCAAUCACCUCAUUGAUGAGAACACCGAUUUCCUCUACCGUCGUUUGAAUGAUGAUGAUGACUCCGUCAAGCGGACCUGUCUCAUGACCCUUACCUUCCUCAUCUUGGCUGGCCAGGUCAAGGUCAAAGGACAACUGGGCGAGAUGGCUAAAUGUCUGGAGGAUGAUGACAAGAAGAUCGCUGAUCUGGCUCGCAUGUUCUUCACAGAACUGGCAACCAAGGACAAUGCCGUGUACAACCACUUUGUUGACAUGUUCAGUCUGUUGAGUGCAGAGCGCAACCUGGAUGAAGCGUCUCUCCGCCGUAUCGUCAAAUUCUUGAUCGGUUUCAUCGAGAAGGAAAAACACGCUCGUCAGCUUGCUGAUAAGCUAGCCGCUCGACUUCCUCGUUGCGAAACCGAGCGACAGUGGAAUGAUGUUGCGUAUGCCCUGUCUCUUCUGCCGCAUAAGAAUGAGGAGAUUACCAAGACCAUCAGUACAGGGUUCAAGGUUGUCAGUGCCGCAGCCUGA